AGCUCAAAAAAAAAAAACACCCAACUCUUCGCUUGAUUCCUUCAUGCCCUAAAUCUCUUUUCUUUCUACUUUCUCAUUCACUGAUUAUUAUUUCCCUGUAAUUCAACACAAUUGAAUUCGGUUUCACAGUUCUUUAUUUCAGUUUUAGACUUUGGAUGAUAGUGAUGAACUCGGAAACCGAAAUGCCUGCCGGUCGUAAAGUUUCUACAGUAGAUACUUUGGAGCUGAAAUCCCAGAUUGCAAGGAAGAUCGGGCGCAUAAAAGCCGGGAAGUACUUCAGUCUUCUCACUAGAUUUUUGAGCCUCAAGAUUUGCAAACCUGAGUUUGAUAAGCUAUGCAUCGGUGCAAUAGGGAGAGAAAAUGUUCGUCUUCAUAAUAAUCUCCUCAGAUCAAUUAUUAGAAAUGCUUCUCUUUCAAAGACUCCUCCACCGAUAGCGAACAAGUUGGAAGGUCCUUUAAGUGUUAAAGUGCCGAAUGGGUAUCAAAGAAGUAAUCUUCAGUCACUGUGCAAAGACUUUCCUCAAUCCACUCGUAAGAGUAGGACUCCAAAUCUUCGCGAUCGUAAGUUAAGGGACCGCCCAAGUCCUUUGGGGCCUCAUGGGAAGAGCCAUAACACUGCUUGUGAAGAUGCAGUUCUUGAAGUACAAGAACAACAGAGUGCUACUGAGUUGCUUUCUUUGGGUAGCAGACCACCUGGAUCCGUUGAGGAUGGUGAAGAGGUCGAUCAAGCUACGGGAAGUCUGAGCAUUUACAGUAGGAGUCCUGUGAGAGCUCCACUUGGCAUCACUUUGAAUGCUAAAGGAAUACGAAAAGUACCACGGAAUGGAUUAACAUCUGCUUCCGAGACUUGUUGUUGCAGGGGUGAACUACCUGAUACCGGUUCUUUGAGGAAAAGGUUGAUCAUGGAAGGAUUGAAUAUCUCAGUAGAUUGUGCCGAUUUGUUGAACAAUAGCCUCGAUGUUUACAUGAAGAGAUUGAUAAAACCUUGUUUGGAACUGGCUGGUACGAGGUCCAGGCAAAAACUUAUUGACCGGGGCCAGAAUCAGCCCAUGGCCUAUUUGAAUGGGAUGUGGCCUGUGAGAUACGCACCAAAUCAGAGGGGCCCCGUUUCUGCAUCAAUGUUAGACUUUCAAACUGCGAUGGAGAUGAACCCCUAUAUUCUUGGAGUAGAUUGGCCAACGCAACUUGAGAAGGUGUGCCUGCUUACUUCAGAAGGGUGAGAACCAAAACUAAUUGGCCUCAUGAUUCGAGUGAAACUGCAUUCCGGCCAGAGCAAUUUUGAGUUAUUUCGAUUUUGACGUUCACACUAACAUUGGUCUCGAGCAUAUCAUUUUUAUACAAUAGAUGAAGUAAAUAAG